UGUGUGUGUGUGAGAGAGAGAGAGAGAGAGGAUGGAGAGGGAACAAUAAAAAGAGAAGAUCUGGCUGCGGUUUGGUUUCAGCUCAGAUGAAUGAAUGAUGCAGAUGAAUAAUUGUCUGGGACGAGAUUAGAAUAAUAAUUAGAAUUGUUCCUUGUGGUUAUUUUUGUCCUGUUUGGGGAACAUCUCUCGGCUAUGGUGGACUCGGUGCCGGAGAUCAGGCCGCUGGAGCGCUAUGAGCCGAGCCGAGCCCGAACCUGCGCCAGUCUCCACUGGAUCCUCACCAAGGCGUUCGGCUCCUCAGGUGAUGUUCCAGUAGAUCUGAGGAAGUGUGUACCUGGAGAUCAGGACGUUGAUGGUGGUGAUGGUGAUGGAGUGGGCGUGGCUCUGGAGUGCCUCCUGCUGUCCUGUGAGCUGUACUCACGCGCAUAUCUGUCUCUCCUGCAGCGACACACACACUCAAACACACACUCACAAACACACUCACACACAGACCUGCUGCAGCUUCUCCAGCAACAUGGUGUCUCACCACACACACUCACACACACACUGGUCACAGAAACUGAGCUUACAAGCAAACCCAUCAACAUGGAAGCUCAUUUGGCUCUGAUAGAUUCUCUGAUGUCAUUGGCUGCCAUGGAGACAGUGGGUAUGGUGAAGAUGGCCAAAGAGGCGGAGCAGUUAGGGGGCGGAGCCAGCUGGGAGAACUCGCUCCUGUUCUGGAUCAAUAAGUUAAAUCUGAAACUGAGAGAGAGCACAGAGUCAGAGGACGACCAGAAAACACAGCGAAGCACCGAACUCCAACCUCUUCAACCAUCUUGUCCAUCACGCUGGUACUGGAAGCUGGUUCCACAUGCCAUCGCUUUUUGUUUGAAGGAGUCAGGGAAAAAGCCUCCUGUGAUCCGCUACAGGAAGGACAAGGUGCGGUCUAAACAGACUCCCACCUUUUCGGUCGUGUCCGGAGUGAAAGAUCUGUCUAACGGAUGUGCCAUCGCUGCCACCAUACACUUCUACUGCCCCCAGAUUGUCCCCCUAGAGAAUAUUUGCUUGAAGGACACCAUGUCAGUAGCAGACAGCUUGUAUAAUCUGCAGUUGAUCAAAGAGUUUUGCAAUGACAAUCUGCAAGGCUGCUGUCCACCUGUUUUGGAGGACCUGCUCUAUGCCCCACUUACAUUACGGGUGAAUAUCAUGUGCUUUUUGGCUGAGCUACUGGCUGUGUUUGAAGUUCAGAAACCUGAUAUCGUCAAACCAGUGCACACCCUGGACCUGACAGAUGCCUCUGGUUUAGAAGAAUGCACCAGCCCCAUCAACGGCAACAGUGGAUCACCGUUCUUGCUUAAGCAACCCCUCUUCUCAUUGUCAUCACCUGCAUCUUCUUUUGGAGGAACAGAGGGCCGGAGCUGGAGUAAAAAACAGAUCAGUCGUCCUCUCUCUGCUGUGGCUUUUAGCAUUCCUUUUCCUCUGGACAGUGACGUGGAUGUCGUCAUGGGCAAUCCGCUGUUCCGCUCAGUUAGCAGUGACAGCCUCACCAUGGCCACAAACCCUGCUUUGUACACUCCUCCUGAGGAUCUGACUAAGAUAAUUGGUCAGGCACCGCUGGGAGAAUUGCCCGCCAUUGAAGAGGCACUGCAAGUCAUUCAUACCAUAAAGAAUGAACCACGGCAGCGUCCAGAGGGGGCACCGGCAGGUUUUUACCUCCAUUCCCCUGAUAAUGACAAGACCAAACUAAGCAGCUCUGCCCCGUGCCAUUCAGGCAUAAUGUUUAGACCAAUUGGUGGGGAAGGAAUUAGUGUGAGAAAGCCAACAGGUUGUUCCAAAGAUUCUGAUACAUCAGAAGGCCCAGGAACACCCACCAAUGGACCAAAAGGAGGCCAAAUGACAAGUUUUGCUGAGCGUAGAAAAAGGCUUCCAGAGUCUCCAGGGACUUCCCGUGCUCUAGGAUCAGAGGAACCUUCAAGCCCAGGGAUGAUGAGUCCUGCUGGCACAGGGGAGGCUCAGGAGCUAGGGGCCCAAUUGGAAGAAAAACGCAAAUCCAUUGAAGCACAAAAGAGACGAAUUGAGGCAAUCUUUACUAAGCACAGACAGAGACUUGGCAAGAGCGCCUUUCUCAAACUCCAACGGGAACAAGGAGAAGCAGGAAAUGGAAUCAAAGAGGAGGCAGAUUCACUUAGUCUAGAUGAAAGGCUGACUCAAAUGGAGGAAGCUCUGCAGAAGGAAGAAGAGAAAGAGAAAGAGGAGGAGAAUAAAAAGAAAGACAGUGGAAAAGGGGAGGAAAUAGAAGAGAAGAGCAAGGAACAAGAUGUCAAUGCACCACCCAAAUUGGAAAAGCAGGUGACAUUCUCAGUGGAGCCGAAGAAUGUGCCAGAGAAAGAACCACCACUGGUCGAAUACAAUGAGGCGGUAUCAAAACUAACCUCGGCCUUGCAGGCACUACAGAAGGAUAUGCAGCGUCUCACUGAACAGCAACAGAAGCUGAUGGGAAAGAAAACAUCUGCACCUUCAUCAUCCAAAACCACACCAUCUAAAAGGACCUCGUCUCCGAGCAAAGCAUGGGUCAUACCAGCGAGUCCAAAAAUCUCAGCCACUCCCCCUCGUCUCUCACGUGAAUCCACUCAUGACCUUUCACCUUCAAGUUCACCAUCACGUCAAAGUGACCUUAAAUCGCCUAAGACAUCCAAACCCUCUGCUCGUAGGCUUUAUAACAAUUCCCCCCCUCCUAAGAGCCCCAAACGGCAGCACCCCAGCCGCCCAUGUGACCUCGGUUUCCCGCCCCUCACCCGUGUCCUCUCACCUCUCCAGAGCGUUGACACGCUUCCCCACCUUCGCCGUGGCACUCCCAGUCAGUGUCAAGUGCAGACUAACUCCUCCCUCCGAAUUGGAGGUCCACCCUCACCGCAGGAGUCUGAAACCCAACUUCAAUUACAUUCAGCACAAGAAAGUGCAGAGUCCGGAUCCAGUGACGAAAACACUCCACUGUUCACCCUGGAACUGGAGCCUCCUGAUUCUGCACCGCCUCCUGCUGUGGAGUGUGCUGCGAGCAUCUGUGGUGGCAGUAGCUCUGGAGCUCCUUCUGAGUGCUCGUUUCUCAGUGACAUGCUCAUCAGCACUUCUCUAAGGCAGGAAGAGGUAGAGACAGAUCAGGAGCAGCUCGACAUCUUCUCAUCCGACUCCAUGAGUGACCACACAGAGGCUGAGAGCAGAGCAGGGGUCAGCUUCUACUUUAAGGAGGAGGGUCUGUCAGAGGAGGAGAUGGCCCUAAAGAGAUCAUUGCUGUUUGAACGACAGCAGAGACGAGCAGAUGAGAUCAAGAGACGAAGAGAGAGACAGGAGCUGGAGAACCCAAGCCAUCUGUCUUCAACACACAGUCUCCUUGACUCUGUGACUCCACCCCUUUCCCAGUCUCUGCCCAGCACAUACACCCCGCCACCACCACUCCAUAAUGCACACGCCCCUAAUACACCUCAGGCCACGCCCCCUGGAACCCCGCAGAGGCGUGGCGGCUUCACAAAGACGGAGUACGAACGGAGGCACCAGCUGAAGAUAAUGUCUGAUUUGGAGAAAGUGCUGAAGCAGAAACCAGCACAGCGCAGCAACAAGAAAUACACACACUCACCACGCAAGGAGAAAAAAGCAGAACACCAGAACCUUGUAAAGCCCAAUGGCCCGCUUCCUCCAGAGAAACCCACCAGCACCUCCGACUCCACCUCUAAAAUAAUGUCACCUGGCCGACCAGCCAAUCAAAAUGGAGAGAAGGACUGGGAAAAUGGUUCAAAUGCUUCUUCUCCGGCAUCUGUGACAGAAUAUACAGGUCCUAAGUUGUUCAAAGAGCCAAGUUUUAAAUCCAACAAGUUCAUCAUCCACAGUGCCCUCUCACGUUGCUGCCUCGCAGGAAAAGUCAACGAGGGUCAGAAGAACAAGAUUGUUGAGGAAAUGGAGAAAAGCUCAGCAAACCACUUCCUCAUCCUCCUUCGAGACUCCAACUGUCAGUUCCGCGGGAUCUACACGUUAGAUGGUCAGUCGGAUGAGAUGCAGAGGCUGUGUGGCGUUGGCCCACGAGCCAUUCCAAGCUCUUCAGUGGAGGCCAUUUACAAGUACAACUCGGACAGGAAGCAGUUCAGCGUGCUGCCGUCUCGCACCUUUAGCAUGAGUGUGGACGCCUUCACUAUUCCCACUCACUUAUGGCAAACCAAGAAACAAAGCACACCCAAAAAAACAGCCACUCCCAAAUAAAUCCAUCACAACAGGAGGCUCCUCGGCCCGGGGAUACUCUUUAAUGGACUGUUCUGGAGUACCAAUCUGUGUGACAAUUUAUCCUGAAACGUUAGUGCUAACAACGAACUACCGACAGUCAUGAACCUGAUCGUUUCGCCGCUGAUGCUUUUACCAUUCAGCAUGUUUGGGUUCAGUGUUGCCUGAACAUUAUCCAAACCAUCAAGUGAAAAAAAGAACAUUAUAAAAACCCAUUUUCUCAUUUCCAGAACAGAGCAAUCAUUACGGUAUUUCUUACAAAAUUGAAAUCUUCCCUAAAUGCAUGGAAAUGGAAGGAAAAACGCACGAGUUUCACCACGUUAGCACUUAUAAAGAACCAGAAGAAUUCUGAAUUUUUAAGACUUUUUUGAGUUUUGGUUGAUAAUGAUAUAAAAUAUUGCUGCUAUGCCCUCCUAGAACACACACACACACACACACACACACACACACACACACACACACACACACACAUAUCUGGCAUUAAAUCCAGUCAAUGAUUGGAUGAGAGAUUUAAGGAUUUCUGUGCCAAUUUGUGAGAAAAGUUACUAAUAAUUGCUGGGUAUGAAUGGGAUUCGCUUGUGGGUGAUUGUACUCAGGAAACUGAUCAAACUAAAUCAGAUUCCUCACACACUCAUCAUCCAAGUCACAAAGUCUGAUCUGAGAUCUGCACUUGUGUUUCAAAUGCUUGAUUUAUUUAUUUAUUUAUUUAUUUUUUUUUUUGUGAAUGUAUUUUUUACUGUGAUUUGGACUUUUUUAAACUUCUGGUGAAACCGGAAGAGUCUCAGUUCUUAAUUGAUGAACUUGUGAGAACUUUUUUUACCAUCAAAACACAAAAUUUCGUUUUUAGCAUUUGUAUGGAACACUGCUAGAGGAUCUCCCCGGUGGCGCAGCAUCACCUUAAGAACGAAAUUAGGUAGGAAAACUAUGAGGUAAGACUUCGAUUAGAAGAUCUAAGAUUUUUGAACAUGGAAUAGGAUUAGAAAUAAAAUAAAACAGCAAUGGAAACAUCACACAAUGGACACAAACUCCAUAAUCGGAGUUGGUGGUUUAUUCCUAUUCCCAUAAUUAUUCUUGAAAUAAUUCUAAGAGCCUCUGAAUGUGAAGACCUGAAGAGACUGGAAUAUUUUUGGUCAGCAAGUUACACGUGCGUCCAGUAGACACUUAGCAUUUCCACUUUACAUGCAUUUUAAAAGCAUUACAUUUAUAUUUGCAAUUUCUUCUGACGUUGUGACAUUGAAAUUGUACAGUGUUCCAUUUUCAUGGCUGUAAAAAUCCAAUAAAUCAAUGCAUUUCACUUUA